AUGACCGAUUGCAUAGCAGACUUGGAGAGUGCCAAGAGACAGAGCUGCAAGAUCUUGGUACUAGCAUGGGGUGGAGCCUCCGGCUGGAGAGGGAAGAAGAAUGCCGGCUUUUUCAAGAAGCAGCUUGCCUUCAUCAUCAAGAUGAUCGGUUUGCUUGUCGCCGACUUUGGCAUCAAGAAGCUGCCACCAAAGCUGGGAUAUGUUGGCAUCGCGCAGAAGUACGUCGCUGACAGUGAUCGCGGGCUGCGCGAGUCCUGUUAUGGAGUCUUUAUGGAGCUGGCCAUGUGGCUCGGGGACAUCUCGGAGUUUACCAAGCCCUUGGAUGAGCCGCAAAAGAAGGAGGUGGCAAAGCGGCUUGAGGGAGUCAAGGAGUCCGAGAAAGCUGCCAAGCGCCGCUACAGAGGCGAAGCUGCGCCGCUAGCUAGUGCCAGUGAGAGCAUGAACGGCAAAGUUGACCCUUUUGCAAGACUGCCGAAAGGAUGGUGCAUCUCAAGCGUGACUUCUAUGGAGAAAUGGAAAGAGAAGCUUCAGCACCUGCAGGUGCUCUCAGAGAUCUUGGAACGACCGGCCGAGGAGCACCGCCUUUCCGUGGCGGAUGGAUAUGCAAGUCUGGUCCCCACCAUCCAGCGGAUGAUCAAAGGUGAGAGCAACAUCCCGGUGCUCACUGAAGUGGCAAAAUGUAUGGGCUUGAUCUCCAAGGGUCUCCGCCGCAAUUUCGAGAAGCAUGCAAAGGCAUUGCUGCCUGUCGCUCUUGCUCGAAUCACUGACAAGAGCGUUUGGAAGCACAACUGCCUCAUCGACCGGGUUGAGCAGCUCUUAUGGUCAGUCCCCUUUGAGGUGCUCUUGGAGGAGCUACCACCCCACAUUGGCUCCAAGAGCUUGUUUGUGAAGAAGGAAGCGCUCAACUUGUUAUUGCGCGGCCUAGAGCUUCCACAAGUGCAGGAGAUCUAUCCAGAUGCGUUCCAAAGAUUCUUCCCGGCAGUCGCAACUUUGACGCUGCCUUUGAUUGAUGACUCCGACAACACUGUGCGGCAGGAAGCGGCCCGAGUGCUUGCAAGACUAGUGGUCGAAAACAAAGCUUCGAAUGACCUGUCCAUUGUGCUGGAUCGUCUUCCUUCACACCGUCGGGCAGUCUUUGAGGAUGAGCUCAAAAAGAUCUCGAAAGAUCCAUUGCCCCAGCCUACCGCGUCCCUGGGACCUUCGACCAGCAUCAUGCCUGAGCUGCGCUCAGUGCCAACGCCCCUCUCGCCCCACAGUCGGCGGACUUCACCGCUAAAGCAGCGUCUCCACGCUGUCCCGGUCGUAGAGUCGCCACAGACCCAGGAGCCUGCACCUGCUAAGUCCAUGGCUUCCACGCCACCGACAGCCCAAACUGCGGUAGCCUCACCAGCCAUAGCAGAAGCGCCUGAAAUCUCAAACGAGACGAACGAGACGCCCUUGAUGAAGCAAAUGGCCGAGGAGAUCCGGAACCUGCGCUCCAAGGAGCGGACCCAUGCAACGCAUGCAACGUCUGAAGUGCUUUCGCCAGCACCUGCGGGUGGAUUGGCUGCAGCUCCCGGGCCUGUCAUCAGCAGGCUGCGCGGGCCUUCCGCUGACCGAAUUCGGGUUCCUUCAUUGGAGCGCCGGGAUGCAACACCAAAGCGCGAUCCCAGUACUCGCCGGGAAGCGAUGACACCAACAAGGCGGCAGGCAACACCCACAAGGCGAGAGCCCACGCCAACUCCUCGGGAGGUGCCCUUGCGCCGCGAGCCAACGCCAACCCGGCAACGAGAGCUGAUGCCAAGAGAAGCCCGCCAGGAUCUUGGGGCUCCAAGAAGAAGGCGUGAGCCCACACCAAGGCGGGAGGCGACGCCUACACGAGAGCAAACUCCAAGAGCCAGACGCGAGCCUACACCGAUGCGCCGAGAACCAACACCCAGGAGGAAUGAAGGCCGAGAUGCAACUCCCACGAGGCGGCAAACGCCCAGGACUCCCUCUGCUGCAAGGGGAUACGAUGACAGGCUUUCGCAGGAAAGUGCCUACGAACAUGCACUUCUCUACGGCGAGUGUGUAGUCCCUUUCGGCAUAGGGCAGCCGAAGCUGACGAAGCAGGCAAGACAGCAGCGGGAACGAAGCCAAUACUGGGGCCCAGAGACGAUCCCAGCAGAUCACCUCACAGCCCUGCGUGAGCAGUGGCGCAUCUGCAUCGAGGAUUGGCUUUGGCGGCAGAUGUUCACUGACCGCUUGGAAGAUCAACUUGCAGGUUUGCAGCAUUGGCAAAAAGAGGCCAGCGAUCACAUAGACAUAAUCCUGGAAGCAGACGUGCUGGACAUGCUGCUCAAAUGGCUUACAUGGAUGCUGACCAAUGCCAAUACAAAGGUUUGGAAGCUCGUCUUGGAUGUGCUCACAGUCUUGUUGCAGAAUCUCGAACGUCUAGACGUGCAGCUCACGGACCGUGAGACACAGAUUCUGGUUCCAAACAUCGUGGCGCGCUCUGGGCACAACAUCCUGGUCAUACGGGAGAGCAUGCAGGACCUGCUCAGGCUGUGUGCUUGCGUGGCAUCACCGGGACGAGUGCUCCCCAUGCUGUUGUAUGGCCUGACAUCGAAGAGCAAGAGGUCCGCAGCGUGCAGCAUGCGAGCCAUCGGCGACAUCCUGGACCGAGGCACGACUUUGGCACUGCUGCGAUCUCAGAAGGAUCUGGGAUUAGUUCUGAAGCUGACCGUGGACAAAGACGCAGAUGUGCGGCGUUCUGCCGUGCACACCGUCAGUCUUUUCUCCCUCUACGUGGACGACGACGUAUUCAUCAAAGUCUGCCGUGGUUUACCGCCACUCGCCAAGGGCCCUGUCCAGACAGCGGCCAUCCGCUUGCAGGUGCCUGAAGAUGAAGAGAGCAGACCCGCAUCCUGA